AUGGGAGAUGCAGAGGGCAUCCUCAAGCUCAGUCCCAAAGAGCAAGAAAUAGAGGAGGUUCACUUCGGCUUCACAGCCAGCAAUGAUUGGGCUGACUCCCCUGGAGCACAGUCAAACCUGAGUACUUCAGAUGUGAAAACUCUUACGUAUAUCACCUACAUCGGCUGUGGCAUGUCAAUGUUCUUCUUGGGUGUUGCUCUCUUUAUGCACUUCCUUUUAAGCAAAGCCAAGACCAGCAAAACCACCAAGAUCCUCAUCAACCUCUUCCUGGCCUUGUUUCUACUGAAUUUGACCUUUCUGGUCAAUGACUCAAUCGCCAAAUCGCAGAAUUUAUCAGCGUGCAGAUUCAUAGCAGGGGUCAUGCACUACUCCAUGCUGUCUACCUUCAACUGGUUCGCCAUCCAGGCCUUCCACCUGUACCUGCAGCUAAUCAAAGUCUUCAACAUAAACAUCCAGCGCUACCUGCUGAAGACUGCCAUUGCCGGAUGGUGUGAGUUCAGUGGGAUGUGA